GUGAACUGGCCGUUAAAAAAAAUAAUGUGAAGGAUGACACCAGAAGAGGGGAUUUUCGGCCAGAUCUAUAUAAAAACACUCUUGCACAGUACAUCCCCAAUUAAGUCAUCGAAAUGAAAGUGAUCGCCAUCUUUGCCGCCAUCUUGGCCGUCGCUCUCGCCGCUCCGCAAGGACGCGACGCCGACGCGCAAAUUGUGCGCGCGGAUGUCGACAACAUCGGCGUCGGCGGAUACAGAUACAGUUACGAGACGAGCAACGGGCUGUCUUCGGACGAGCAAGGCGAGGUGAAGAACGAGGGCCGCGAGGACGAGACUUUGGUCGUAAGGGGGCAGUUUAGCUACGUGGGUCCUGACGGCGUCACUUACACUGUCACCUACAUCGCCGACGAGAACGGCUUCCAGCCCCAGGGGGCGCACAUUCCGCAAAACUGAGUCCGGCUUCCCACCACCAACGAUAGUUUAGUUAGGAUUUUGUACAGCAACUCAACUAUUUAUAAGUACUGUUGACAUUCAACUAUAUUUGCAAAGAAUUUUAUAAAUAUACACGUAUUGGUUAUUUA